AUGGUGGUAAACAGCUCUCCUCCCUGCCUGUAGAUUGGGUUGCACACUUGGCAGAAACGUGACAUUAGUUUGUCCUUGUGACAGAUGUUUGUGGUUGGCUUCAGGACUGAGUACAUCUCUCGCUCUCUCUCCUCGCGCUCUCCCUCCUCCCCCUCCUCCUCCUCCCUCCGUCCUCCGUCCAUAUACUCCGCUGUACACCGCUCGCGCCCUCCAGUCGCGGUUACCGGGCCGUGCGGUUGCCAGUGGAGACGCGCGGCGUGUACGGCUUUGACGGCGGCGCGGCACGGGAUCUCCCCCCCGCCAUUUCCUCGUGUCGAGCCCUGGAAUGUCGAGUAGCGGCUCGGGCUCUUCCUCGCGGAAGGAGUUCGAUGUAAAGCAGAUCCUCAGGAUCCGAUGGAGGUGGUUCGGCCACCCCGCCGUCCCUCCGCCGCACUCCCCGCCGCUCGGAGAGUACUUCGCCGCCGGGAGGAGAGCGGGCGCCAGCCCCGGAGACGGACCCUCAGUUAGCGGCGGUAGCAACUCGAACCCAGCCGGCGUGGGGAGUCACGGCUGUCUGGUGGCCAGCGGCAGCGCCGGCUCGAACCUGUGUAACGGGAGCGGCAGAAAGUUUGGCGAUCCGGCGGGGAGUCGGUGUGGUCCGGGCGGAGCGGCAGCUGGAGCGACGGGGGGCUCCUGUCCCCGCUCCUUCAGCCAGCCUGAGUGCAGAAGCUCCGCCGCGGCGGUGUCGUGGGUGUCCCCGCCGCUCCAUCGUCGCCCUCGACCCCUGUCAAGCAUGGAGCCCCCCGCUGAGGCCCCGGUCCCCCAGCUGGCACCCGAGGCUUCCGCUCACGUCGGGGCUGAAGAAGAGGAGGCGGCGGCGGCGGCGGCGGCGGCAGCGGGCACCGAGGACAACAACAUCCACCCGGAGACUGACUCCAGCUCCUGCAGGACGUCGAACAGCAGCGCCACAUUGUCCUCCUGUGUGUCCAUGGAGCCAUGUGCGUGUCCGGAAGACUGCAUGUUCACGGCUCUGUCCCACGCUGACGUUACCUUCAGGAAGAUGGAGGGCUACCUGAGGGCUCGACAGCUGUGCGACGUCAUCCUGGUGGCUGGAGAAAGACGAAUACCUGCACACAGGCUGGUCCUCUCGUCUGUGUCAGACUACUUUGCAGCCAUGUUCACCAGCGACGUGCGAGAGGCCAAGCAGGAUGAGGUGAAGAUGGAAGGGGUAGACCCUGAUGCAUUGUGGGUCCUGGUGCAAUAUGCUUACACAGGCCGUCUGGAAUUGAGGGAGGACACCAUCGAGUCCCUGCUGUCGGCUUCCUGCCUGCUGCAGUUGUCAGCUGUGGUCCAGGCCUGCUGCUCCUUCCUCAUGAAGCAGCUCCACCCUUCCAAUUGUCUUGGCAUUCGCUCCUAUGCCGACGCUCAGGGCUGCCACGACCUGCAGCGAGCCGCUCACGCCUACACCAUGGAACACUUUCUGGAGGUAGUCAGCGGCCAGGAGUUCUUGCUGCUCCCGGUGGAGGAGAUGGAGAGGCUGCUUACAUCCGACGACAUCAACGUCCCGGACGAAGAGACCGUCGUCACCUCAUUGCUGACCUGGGUUUGCCACGAUGCCCCCGCUCGACAGCGCCACCUGCCGCUGUUGCUGUCUCAUGUCAGACUGCCCCUGCUGCAGCCACAGUUCUUGGCAGACUUGGAGUCCAACCCUCUCCUCCGCGACAGUGUAGAAUGUCAGCGGCUCCUGAUGGAGGGCAUGAAGUAUCACCUCUUGCCCCAGCGCCGGCCGCUGCUCCAGAGCCCCCGCACACGGCCCCGGAAGGCCACCGUGGGGGCCAUGUUUGCAGUGGGGGGCAUGGAUGCCACGAAAGGUGCCACGAGCAUCGAGCAGUACUGCCUCCGCCGGGACUCCUGGCAACAGGUUGCCACGAUGAGCGGCCGGAGGUUGCAGUUCGGUGUCGCCGUCCUCGAAGGGCGUCUCUACGUGGUUGGAGGCCGAGAUGGACUGAAGACCCUCAACACUGUGGAGUGCUACAACCCGCACAGCAAAACCUGGAGCGUCAUGCCGCCCAUGUCCACACACAGGCACGGCUUAGGUGUGGCAGUCCUGGAGGGACCCAUGUAUGCAGUGGGAGGACAUGAUGGCUGGAGUUACCUCAGUACUGUGGAAAGGUGGGACCCUGCAGCCCGCCAGUGGAGCUUUGUUGCCAGCAUGGCUACACCAAGAAGCACCGUGGGAGUUGCAGUUCUCAAUGGCAAGCUGUAUGCAGUGGGAGGUCGAGACGGUUCAUCCUGCCUGCGCUCAGUGGAGUGUUUCGACCCGCACACCAACAGGUGGAGUGCUUGCGCUCCAAUGGCCAAAAGACGCGGCGGUGUGGGCGUGGCCACCUGGCACGGCUUCCUGUACGCUAUCGGAGGUCACGAUGCUCCUGCCUCCUCUCUGGCGUCUCGAUUAAGUGACUGUGUCGAAAGGUAUGACCCUCAGACAGAUGUGUGGACAGCUGUGGCCCCAAUGAGCAUCAGCAGAGAUGCCGUUGGGGUUUGUCUGCUUGGCGACCGUCUCUAUGCCGUGGGCGGGUACGACGGCCAGGUGUAUCUGAACACUGUGGAAACGUACGACCCUCAGACGAAUGAGUGGACGCAGGUGGCGCCGCUGUGUCUGGGCAGGGCGGGAGCGUGCGUGGUGGCCGUCAGACUGUGACUGCACUGACCGAAACGCUCUCUGGGACAAUAUGGGGGGGGCCCUCGGAGACGGCCGUCCCCCCGGCCGACCCUGAACGGACUCCAGGAGGUCCAUCUGUCCACGCUGGGAAACAGGAGACCGGUUUCAGGAGCCUACCGGACGCUGGCCUCCUCACCACCUGCUCAUCAGUCAGAUUUGAGGCAGAGAUCGGAGUGAAUGUCGUUUCAGGUUUCUGAUACUCAUCCUGAUAACUUGUGCCACCCAAGUGAAAAGCAGUGAAUGAAGGCAAACCUCAAGCGUGUAUCCGAGCACGAAACAACAGCUGUCCUUUUUUUUUACCCUCGGUUGUUGUUUUGUUCCUGUAGACGAGCUGGGACACACGCAGGCACACUCACACGUAUAUAUAAACCAAGGUGGCUGCUUCCAGCUUCUAUUUCUGCUGAUGAAAAGGUGAGAGACAGAGAGAGGAUGUCAAAACUGCCUCAUCAUGUUAGGCUUUCGGUUUUCCUAACAUCAUCGGAUAGUGUGUAUUGAUGCUAUUUUAAUAUAUACCCUAUUAUUUUUAUGCCACGGUUGGCAAGUUCUUUUCUCCGCUGCUUUACAAAUGUUGCCUGCUGACAGAUGAAAGAAAGACUUUUGACAUAAUCAGCACAACCUCAUGAACACCAUCCUGUAAGGAACUACGAGGGGCUUUAUUAUUUUCAGUCAAAAACACGCAAUGCUUCAUCUCAUUUUUCUGCUUGUAUGGCUUCCGUGUUGCAUCAGCGCACAUCUCAAGCUCCUGCCAACAGCUGCGUGCAGUCUAUCGCAGCUUUUUUUUUAUUGAACACAGGUAAGGUUUUAUUUUUGUUUGUUUUAUUUGCAUUUAACUAUUUUCUUCGAAAUCCUGCUUUUUCUCACGUAAUGAAGUCUAUUUAUCGAGUAGAUCCACAGCCCCAAGUAAGAGUAAGAAUAACACUGCUGUGGCCCUUUGUUGAUCCCUGCAGGGAAAUUUUGUUUUCAAUUUCCUCCGGAGCACAAGGUCAGCUAUUUACAGGCUUCAUUUUAUACAGGGUCAUUUGAGCUUUUCUGCCAACCAGCUACCUUAUUUUUCUCCACAGCAGAUGCAGUUUUUUCGUUGUCUGCGUGUGUGUGUGUGGAUGUGUCUAUGUGUGCGCGUGUUGGUUGUUCAGAGAUUGCACGGAGUAUAUUUUUAUCUCAAAUGAGAAUCUGCCCCCCCACUCCCCCCAUUCUCCACAUCCUCAAUUCCCUGCUGCUUUCUUGCUUUCUCUUCAUCCCCAUUUUCCCAUUGCAUCACUACACACACACACACACACACACACACACACACACAAGCACCACUUUGCUUUAGAGCAGAAUUAUGACACCCCGACAAAAUAUGAACAACAGACCAUAUAAUGAGAACUUGAAUUUAAUAACACUAUUCCAGCCGGCGCCGACAUUUUGUUUGAUGCCGAGUUCAAAAGCGUAAUUAGAUUUGAUGCUGCCGACGACAAAGUAUCAGACAUGAGUGUGGAAUACGAGUCCAAUGAAAUGAACUCAAGUGUUCAUAUUUACGGGGUUGUUUAAGUAAACUCACUCGACAAGAAUCCUUAACAGUGCAAACACACGCUUCAGUGAUUCCAUGCAAGGUCCUUAUUUGUGUAUUUCUUCUCUGUUUGGGUUGUGUGUGUGUGUGUCUUGUGUGUGUUGGUGUGUAAAGAAAGAAAACAUCCUGACAGUGAGAGGCAAAGCAGGCAUCCUGUCUGAACUGACAGAUCUGGAGCUAAUGUAGCCCCCAGGACGCACUUUACAAACGCGCGCGGACAUAUCGCGCAGGAACACAUGCGCGCACACAAAAUUCGUACAAAGACACACUUAACCACACAGCUGAAAGCCAAGAGCCCCAGGAGUCAGUCGAGAUUGAAAAGCUGCCCAAAUUUGCCGGCAUGACAUCUAAAAAGCAGACGGGCAGACUGGCAAUUCCCCUCAGCCGAGCUGAUGUUUAUUCAAGCCUAAUGCACUGCUGCAUUAUUCUAUUUUCCUCCACUCCAAACCUGCCUGCUGUUUAUUGAGAGCGAGUCUCUUUAUUUCACAGCGGAAGUGUGUCACCUCUGCUGCGUGAUCCGAGUCAGAUGUUAAAAAUAAAAAAGACACCGACAUUCCAAAUCCACUACGUAUUGAGUGUACAUGAUGUACAUGAGCAAAGGAAACGCCUGUAUGUAGUCGUAUUGCAUUAUACUGUGUAUUCUAUAAUU